AUUGAAUAUUUUCUUUAAAAAAUAUUGGGAAAAUUGCCAAAAGAGAACAAGAAAUCAGCAUAGUUGUCCCUAUGGUAUAAAUCCAUUUUUUUCCAUUUUUUCUCCUUUUUACCCUUUCCAUAUGUUAAAAUUAAUGUAAAAAAUAGUUAUAAGAAUCAAAAAAAUUAUUAAAAAUAUAAAAAACUAAUAAAACACCCAUUUACACAAACACAUAUUUUUUUAGGUUUGAAAAACAUAAUAAAUAAUGUUUUUAAAUUACGUUCUACUAAAAGUAGAAUUCUGUUUCUACACAAAACGGGUGAGUAGAAAAUGCAUUCUAGAAUGAACACAUCCAUCUACUUGUUUUAGAACGUAAAAACUACUUUUUACUAUAAUUCUAAAUAUGGGGAAUACGAAUUCUACUAUUUGUAAUGAUCGCUACUUUUAUUCAGAAACAUGUUUCUACUUUUAUCGAGUAUUCUAAGUUAUCAGGAAUGCAAAAUCUAAAACAUACACGAACGUCCACAUAGUGUAGAAAUUACAUUCUGGAAUUUUGUUAUGUUCUACACAGUGUAGAAGGUGCCUUCUACGGAUAAAAAAACUGAAUUUUCGAAAAUUAAGGAAGUUGCAGUUUUAAAAAUAUUCUAAAAAUAUUCUAACUUCCUAAAACGUGUUUUCAUUGAUUUGCUUCGUGAAAAAUUAAAAAAAAAAACGAUUUUGAAUGUUCUUCUUCACCAAUCUAUGAUUUCCCCAUGAUUUUUCUAUAGUUUGUCUUGUGAUUUUCACAAAAACUUGUUCUAUGAUGCAUAUCUAUACAACAUGUGGUGUUUGGGAGUUUGGAGCAACCACGGGAUGGGUUUUUUCGGCUGAUGAGAAAGGGGCUAGGCUACUGUUAUUGGAAUCAAGUUCUACCUUAGAGGUUUUUAAAAGAAUGGUUUUGGAAGAUUUUGAUAUGGAAGAAGAUAGCUUACCCGAUUUGGAGUUGAGUUAUCUACCUAAUGAGUUGAUCAAUACAUCAACUUGUCCACCUGUGAUCAUUGCGAAUGAUCGACAGCUUCAGAAUUUUGUUGGUUUUGUUCAAAAGUGUGUUUCUACUCGAUUGUGUGUAACGUCUAAAGCCAAAGUUGAGAAUCUGAAUGAACCAGACUUUGAUCUUAACAAGUCGCCAGCUGAUUCAAGUUCUGCUCAAGAGGAGGGAAACUCGGUUGAUAGGGGGAACGAACCGGCUCCUGUGUUUGUUGAGAGGCAGUGCGAGAAAAAGAAAGAAAAGAUUAGAAGAGUCGAAGUUGAUGAGGAUGCCUAUCAUGCCGAUACCAUGAUCUCGGCCAAAGAGGACAUACAUAAGAUGUCAAAGUUUUCUGUGCUCAAUGUUGUUAAGAAGGGACAAUUGUUUGAGAACAAAACUUUGCUGAAGGCGACUUUCGAGCUAUGUGCAAUGAAGCAUAACUUUCACUACGAGGUUAUCAAAACGGAUAGACAACUUUGGUACGUUAGAUGUGAGGAUAAUGCAUGCAAUUGGUGUGUUCGAGCAGAGUGUUUGAAGGAUUCUGAAUAUUUCAUUAUCAAAAAGUAUGUCGGUGAACAUACAUGCGCACCUUCAAACAAAACCAAACCGGGUAGGACUGCUUCGGCCAAAACUAUAGGCAGUCUGAUUAUGCAUAGGUAUGAAGGGGUUAAGGAAGGGCCAAAAUGCAAUGAUAUAAUACAGAUUAUGCUUAUGGAUCAUGGCUGUGAGAUCACGAAAUCUUUAGCAUGGGAUGCUCGUGAAUAUGCGGUUAAUGCUGUUAGAGGUAUACCAGAGAGUAGUUAUGGAAAAAUACCGAAAUACUUGCACAUGCUCAGAGAGGCUAAUCCGGGAACACAUUCAUCGUAUGAGAUUGACAGCAAUGGGAGAUUUCGGUACCUGUUUAUUGCAUUUGGGCAAUCGCUACGAGGAUUUAACAGAGUCAUAAGGAGGGUUAUUGUGGUUGAUGGCACUUUUCUGAAGAACAAAUACAAAGGAGUUCUAUUGGUUGCAACUGCUGUAGACGGAAAUUCUAAUUUGUAUCCUCUUGCAUUCGGAGUAGUCGACUCAGAGAAUGAAAAUUCUUGGGAAUGGUUUAUGAGACAACUAAAUAGUGUCAUUGCUGAUGAUCAUCAUUUGGCUUUCAUUUCGGACAGACAUGCGGCCAUUGCUAAGGCGCUUGAGACUGUGUAUCCAACAGCUAAACAUGGUAUUUGCAUUCAUCAUUUGUUGAAUAAUGUGGUAACAUAUUACCAUGGGAAAGGACUUGUUGGGUUGGUUGCAAAGGCGUCCAAGGUUUAUAGAGUUGCUGAGUUUGAAAAGAUAUUUGCUAAUGUGUGUAAUAUCAGUCCGGCAAUUGGAAAAUACCUAAGGGAUGCUGAAGUCCAAAAGUGGGCAAGAUGUCAAUUCUCUGGAUAUAGAUAUGACAUAAGGACAACAAACCCAGCCGAAUCCAUCAACUCUGCUUUGCGUUCGCCGAGAGAGUAUCCAAUCAUUCCCUUGUUGGACAGUAUCAGAGAAAUGCUGACUCGGUGGUUUUAUAACCGUAAGAAAAAGAUUUCAAAGCAUAAUCAUCCUCUUACCGAAGAUGUGGAGAAAAAGAUUGAAAGGAGAACCGAGAAAGGCAAAAGAUUUGCAGUUUACCCUGUCAGCGAUGGUCGCUUGCUUGUUAGAGGUGAUAAAAUCGACUGCUUAGUUGAUUUGGAUAGACGUACUUGCUCAUGUGGGAAGUACAACCUGAUGAAGAUACCUUGUCGGCACGCAAUUAAAGCUGGGUUUCAUGUUGGAAGACAGCCACACACAUUAACUGAUUUAUUUUACACUACAGAAGCUUGGCGAGAAGCUUAUCAUGAAAGCAUCAAUCCUAUUGCUGUUCCUGAGGAUGCUUGGUCCAUGCCAGAAGAUGUUGUCGUGGACAAUGUGCUACCACCAGAGUCAAGAAAAUCAGUUGGAAGGAAUAGAAAACGCAGAUAUGAAACUGUUGAAGAUAAACUUCGGUCAUCGCAAACAUCACAAAAGAGGCAGCCUCGCAAGUGUAGUAGAUGUGGUAUUAGUGGGCACAACAGAGCAACUUGUAAAAUACCAAUAUAGUCAGUCACAUAUGGUUGGUAUGUUCAAGUAUGCAAGUUGUGGUGUUUGAAAGUGCAGUGUUGCCUUGUCUCGUAUGGUUUUUUCUUCUAAAAACAAUCAACUUUGUUUAACUUUGGCUACUUUGGAUAAUUCUCAUAUGGUUAUUUUAUCAGUUUCAUUGUUAUACAUUGGUAUUAUUUUCACUUCACUUCUCUAUCUCUCUGUUUGUUUAGUUAUGUUCAGCUAUGCUUUUGAGUUCGAGUUUAAGUUUGUUUGACAAUAGCUGAUGUCUGAUUUUUCAACAAAAAAGGUGGAUUGUAAGAACAGAUCACUGAGCACAAAAUAUAAGAACCACUUGACUGGUAAAGUCGACACAAAUAUUGUAGCAACAAAACACUUAUUGAAGCCAAUACUAAGAACCAAAUGACUGGUAAAAACGAAAAAAAACACACUAACAAGAAGAUACUUAGAACCAGUAGACUGAUUUCACUCAUUCUUGGCUUCUAAAUCUUCCAAAAAGCCAUAGAAUGCUUCCUAAGCAACCUAAUUCGAGUGAAUUUUUCUGCUUCCUAACUUCUUCUUCUAUUCUCUGUGUGAUACUACUUUUCAGAUCUUCAAUCUCUUCCACAAUUCUCCCUUGCUCAGCCUCUACCCUUCGAAUCUCAUCAAGCAAGGCGUCAUCAACCCACUUAAAUAAAUGAUUUUCCUUCUUUCGCUACAUAGAAACGAAAAUCAUAUUAGGAGAAGUAAAAUGGAAUGAAAAAACAUGCUGUUUAUCCUACACAAUCGAAAAUCGAAUCAGACAAAAAAGGAACAUAACUGCUCGGUAAAUGAA